CAAGUGAAAAACUGAAAAUGUUGACGAACGAUGUCUCCACGGAUAUUGAAAAAAUACUGCAGACACACAUUCUUGGAACGGAAGAUAGGGGUACCAAUUCACCCGAGUCUGUGCUUAAUCAGAUAACGGCAUUUGAAAAAUUACUCCGCCAUGCAAUUUCACGUUUUUCAAAAGAGCGUUUGUUCAGCAUGCUUCAGGUGGCCGCUGAGGAACAAAAAGCAGCCAACCCUAGCCAGCCAAGGGGAGCUAAAACGUCAGGGGAGGCUAAGAAACCUUCUACAGCUCCGAUUCUGAAAAUCAAGUCAAUGGAACAGCUUAGACAAUCCAUGAAACCACUUAUCAAACGGGAGCAAAAGAAUGCCACAUUGACAGAAAAAGAGAAGCAGGCAUUAAAAUAUUUAGAAACAUUUGAGAAUGAUUACAAGUACCUUGGGAAUUUAAAACGCCAUUAUGACGAUAACAUUCAUUCUGUGUUGCUUAAAGAUUAUUUUGAUCCUGCUGAUCGUCCAAGGCGUUCAGCUUUGAAGGACCGCCCUGAAAGCAACGAGACAAAGAGAGUUCCUCCGACGAAAACACAGAAAAGUAAAAGUUCAAAACGAGGCCCUCAACCAACAGAAGAAGAAGUUAGAACAGCCGACCUGCAGAAGUUGUUUACUGUUGUUACACGAUUAGAAGAGCUUGAUCGGAAGUGGGCGGGACUUUUGAGGGAUCGUGAAUUAAAUCUAGAUGAUUUUGAUCCUGACAGUAGUCAUGAGUUAAUGACUUUCAGUAAUUAUUCUUCGUUUGAGCCGGUACUGCGACUCGUACCAGAUGUGUUUGUGAAAUGUUACAAUGCUGUAGAUAUGGCCAAAGAGUGGCUUAAUUUGGCAAAAACUAUCUACCGGGAUAAACUUCCACUCAAAACCAAGUUAAAAGAGAAUGUGCCAAAGUCUCGAGAAAAUACCUUAUCACCAAAUGAAAAGCCCAAAACUUCAGAAUCUCAAAACCCAGAGGAAAGUAUGAGAGCUGCCAAUGAUUAUGCCCACCAAGCAAAAGAAAUCAAACAGAAUAUACGAGAAAUAGGUGAGGCCAUACAACAAAAUAAAGUUAAACUAGAGAAUUUAAAUAUGGAGAUGCAGGCAUUGGAAUCUCGUGAAUGUCGAAUAGACAAACUGACCAAUAAUUUCGAACAAGUGGAUUCAAACCUUUUACAUGCACAAAAGGAAUACAAUACGCUUCUCUAUGAACGUCAACAAACGAUUGAGAACCUAAACAACGUCAGAAGAGGAUCAGAAGAACAUAUUGAACUGGCAAACAAAGCAAAUGAGUUCAAUGCUGAAUUAACAAAAAGACAAUCUGCGUUAAAAAUUCUUGAAUACAAGAAAAAUGUUGUGCAAGAAGACUAUCUUUUAGAGUUGGAAUUGAGACCAAAUUUUAUCCAUUUUCUCGGCGACAUUAAGCUACAGAUAGAAGAAAUAAAAACAUUCAUCAGAGAUAAACAAAUAGAAAAACAGGAACAAGAAAAACAAUUAGCCUUGCUUAAAACCAACACAGAAAAAAUCAAACAAGAAAUGCAAAAGUAUCUGGACAAUUCAGAUGGAUUGGAACAUCUCACUCGACAGAUCUCAAGACUUACCAAAGAGAUAGAAGACGACCUUGCUAAUAUUGAAAGCAUGGAAUCGGAACGGAGUUUUAUAUCCGAAUCCGAUGACGUCGAUUUGUCAGAGUAUAUAACUGGUUUCAAACCAGGCACACCAAAGUCAAAUAAUUUCAACACAAAAAACGACCACGCCAAUUUUGAACGGUCACAAGCAAACCGUUCCGUCAAAUCAUGA